AUGGGCUUCAUAACCCCAGUCCUGCGAGGCUUCCUUCGGCCCACCAGACCCCGAUUCUCCACCAAGUCAAUCCCCCUUCACCAAACACCACAACCGACUACACCCUCACUAUCCACGUCGCUCCCAAACAAAACCACCAAGAUAAACUCUCACGGCACCGAACCGCACACCAACCAUGGCGAUUCCCAUGAACCACCACCUCCUCCGCCCCCUUCCUGGUUCGGCCACCCCUUCCGCGUGAUCCUCACCACCCUCAAAUUCGUCGCCUUCACCCACCUUCUCUGGGAAUACGUCAUCUCCAUGGCCCCGGCCUCAGGCCCCUCCAUGCUCCCAACUUUUGAAGUUCUCGGCGAGUGGUUGCUGGUAUCCAAACUACACCGUUUCGGCCGCGGCGUGACAGUCGGCGACGUAGUCGCGUACAACAUCCCUAUCAAUGACGAGGUCGGAGUGAAGAGGGUGUUGGGACUGCCGGGAGAUUAUGUGUUGAUGGAUACGCCGGGGGAUGGGGUUGGUCCGGGGGAAGGGAAUAUGAUUCAGGUUCCAAAGGGUCACUGCUGGAUUGUGGGUGAUAAUUUAGUAGCUUCGCGGGACUCGAGGUAUUUUGGGCCGGUACCGCUCGCUUUGAUACGGGGCAAAGUCAUCGCGACGAUGAGGCCCUUUUCAGAGUUCAGGUGGAUCACGAAUACCUCGCAGAAAGUUAGCAACCCAUCCGGGGAUUAA